AUGAUUGACUGGGAUAAAAUUAUUCAGAAUAUUGUUGCCAACCGAAUUAAAUGGAAAUUUAUCCCACCAGCUUCUUCCUGGUGGGGUGGAUUUUGGGAAAGAAAGAUUGGCCUGAUGGAAAACAUUCUCAGAAAAGUUUUAGGUAAUGCCUCACUGAAAUAUGAAGAACUCUCUACGAUUCUGUGUGAUUGCGAAAAUAUCUUAAAUUGCAGACCAUUAACUUAUAUUUCCGAGGACUUGGAACUGGAACCCUUGACACCUGCAAUGUUUUUUCGUGAUCUAAAAGAAAGUGGCGUUCCAGAUCUAGACAUUAUUGAUGCCAAAUACUUACAAAAAAGGUAUGCAUAUCAGAUGAAGGUCAGAGAAGAUCUAAGAAAACGGUUCAGAACUGAAUACUUAGGACAACUGAAAAACCAUAUUUUAAAAACAGAGAAAUAUGUUAAACUAUCGGUUGGAGACAUUGUGUUAAUAGAAACACCUGAGAAAAGAAUUAAGUGGCCUCUAGGAAAAAUUAUAACACUCAUCCCAGGAAAUGAUGGUAUAGUUCGUUUAGUAAAAUUACGCACCAAAAGUGGCGAAAUCCUUCGACCCAUACAACGAAUUUAUCCGUUGGAAGUCCAUUUACAAACGGAUAAUAUAGGAGACUGUUUGAGAAAGAAGCAUUCUGAUCAAAAUAUUUGUGAUAAGCCUACAACUUCUAUUGGAUCUACAGAUUUUCGUGCCACCACCCACUGA